AUGCGAGGGAAAGUCAAGAGCACCGUUAUGGAGGUGGACGAGCGUGUCCACACCUUAACUGAGAGCUUCGAGCCCUUUGCGCCUGAAGCUCGUCCAGGUGAUCGGUUACUGGACCGCUAUGCAGACCGUCUCCACUUUGACAAGCGUGAUCCUGCCCAGGAUAGGCGACCAUAUCUAGACGAGCUCAUCGUGAAAGCGAGGGCUGACCCAUUAACAGUACUGGCUGCAACUGAUGGCUCUGUCCCUCAGUCCAACCAGUAUCAGGUGGCUUUGGCAGCCAUCAUCUACAAGGGACAUCGCGAGCUCGAAAGGACUUGUUAUGUCUCUGGCAGAGUUACUGCCCCAGAUGCGGAACUCAAUGCCAUCAGGGACAUAGACAAAGGUAACGUGACGGAGGUCAUCUGCCUCAAACCACUCUUGAAGAGCGCGACAAACUGA